UUAACAUAUAGUGACCUGAUCGAACAUAAGACUACAUGUAAACUCAUAUCAGGAACCUCAAAAUCUGAUCUGGUUUUGUGGAUACAAUAACAGUGAAAUUUCACAAUGGUUUCCAUCAUUGUUAAAGGUUCCUCACCGGGACUGUUGAUAUUCAUCUCUGUUUUGUUUUGUUUAACAUUCGUCUCUGAAUCCAAAGCAGCAGUUCGUCCAGUCUAUGAGUGUCAGCUUUUUAAUGACACGUUCAUCUGCACUGGUGCUCAGUAUCGCAUGCACUGCAACACAAGUACACACGAUUUUUAUUACUCGCGAUAUUACCAUCGGUGCAGUAAUUAUAAUGACUGUGACUGUCGUGGUAAUGGGAACACCUGUAGAUGUUAUGGUGCCAGUACUUCCUCUUCCUGCUUUUGCCAGAAUUAUGACAAUAACUCCAUUAUCACUGCUGCAGUUAGUCCAGUCUAUAAAUGUGGACUUUAUAACGACAUGUACAUCUGCACCGGUGCUCAGUACCGCAUGUACUGCAGUGCAAAUUUGUCUGAUGUUUAUUACACAAGAGAUUAUCAAUUCUGCUGGAACUCUGACAGCUGGUGCUAUGGUGAUAAAUACACCUGUGAAUGCUCCGGUGCCACUUCAUCUUCCUGCUCGUGUGAUAAUUACAGCAAUAACAUCACUAUCACAGCAGCAGUUCGUCCGGCCUAUGAGUGUCAGCUUUUUAAUGACAUGUUCAUCUGCACUGGUGCUCAGUACCACAUGCACUGCAACACAAGUACACACUAUUUUCAUGACGAACGAUUUUACCACAGGUGCAGUAAUUAUGAUGACUGUGACUGUCGUGGUAAUGGUAACACCUGUAGAUGUUAUGGUGCCAGUACUUCCUCUUCCUGCUUUUGCCAGAAUUAUGACAAUAACUCCAUUAUCACCGCUGCAGUUAGUCCAGUCUAUAAAUGUGGACUUUAUAACGACAUGUACAUCUGCACCGGUGAUCAGUACCGCAUGUACUGCAGUGCAAAUUUGUCUGAUGUUUAUUACACAAGAGAUUUUCAAUUCUGCUGGAAUUCUGACUGUUGGUGCUAUGGUGAUAAAUACACCUGUUCAUGCUACGGUCCCACUUCCUCUUCCUGCUCGUGUGAUAAUUACAGCAGUAACAUCACUAUCAGAGCAGCAGUUCGUCCGGCCUAUGAGUGUCAGCUUUUUAAUGACACGUUCAUCUGCACUGGUGCUCAGUAUCGCAUGCACUGCAACACAAGUACACACUCUUUUCAUGACGAACGAUUUUACCAUAGGUGCAGUAAUUAUGGCUGUGACUGUCGUGGUAAUGGGAACACCUGUAGAUGUUAUGGUGCCAGUACUUCCUCUUCCUGCUUUUGCCAGAAUUAUGACAAUAACUCCAUUAUCACCGCUGCAGUUAGUCCAGUCUAUAAAUGUGGACUUUAUAACGACAUGUACAUCUGCACCGGUGCUCAGUACCGCAUGUACUGCAGUGCAAAUGCGUCUGAUAUUUAUUACACAAGAGAUUUUCAAUUCUGCUGGAAUUCUGGCAGCUGGUGCUAUGGUGAUAAAUACACCUGUUCAUGCUACGGUCCCACUUCCUCUUCCUGCUCGUGUGAUAAUUACAGCAAUAACAUCACUAUCAGAGCAGCAGUUCGUCCGGCCUAUGAGUGUCAGCUUUUUAAUGACAUGUUCAUCUGCACUGGUGCUCAGUACCGCAUGCACUGCAACACAAGUACACACCAUUUUCAUGAUGCACGAUUUUACCACCAGUGCAGUAAUUAUAAUGGCUGUGACUGUCGUGGUAAUGGGAACACCUGUAGAUGUUAUGGUGCCAGUACUUCCUCUUCCUGCUUUUGCCAGAAUUAUGACAAUAACUCCAUUAUCACCGCUGCAGUUAGUUCAGUCUAUAAAUGUGGACUUUAUAACGACAUGUACAUCUGCAACGGUGCUCAGUACCGCAUGUACUGCAGUGCAAAUUCAUCAGACUUUUCUUUCACAAAAUAUCAACAAUAUUGCUGGAAUUCUGACAGCUGGUGCUAUGGUGAUAAAUACACCUGUAGAUGCUACGGUCCCACUUCCUCUUCCUGCUCGUGUGAUAAUUACAGAAGUAACAUCACUAUCACUGCAGCAGUUCGUCCAGUCUAUGAGUGUCAGCUUUUUAAUGACAUGUUCAUCUGCACUGGUGCUCAGUACCGCAUGCACUGCAACACAAGUACACACUCUUUUUAUUACUCGCGAUAUUACCACAGGUGCAGAAAUUAUAAUGGCUGUGACUGUCGUGGUAAUGGGAACACCUGUAGAUGUUAUGGUGCCAGUACUUCCUCUUCCUGCUUUUGCCAGAAUUAUGACAAUAACUCCAUUAUCACUGCUGCAGUUAGUCCAGUCUAUAAAUGUGGACUUUAUAACGACAUGUACAUCUGCACCGGUGAUCAGUACCGCAUGUACUGCAGUGCAAAUGCGUCUGAUGUUUAUUACACAAGAGAUUAUCAAUACUGCUGGAACUCUGACUGUUGGUGCUAUGGUGAUAAAUACACCUGUGAAUGCUCCGGUGCCACUUCCUCUUCCUGCUCGUGUGAUAAUUACAGCAAUAACAUCACUAUCACAGCAGCAGUUCGUCCGGUCUAUGAGUGUCAGCUUUUUAAUGACAUGUUCAUCUGCACUGGUGCUCAGUACCGCAUGCACUGCAACACAAGUACACACUCUUUUCAUGACGAACGAUUUUACCACCAGUGCAGUAAUUAUAAUGGCUGUGACUGUCGUGGUAAUGGGAACACCUGUAGAUGUUAUGGUGCCAAUACGUCCUCUUCCUGCUUUUGCCAGAAUUAUGACAAUAACUCCAUUAUCACUGCUGCAGUUAGUCCAGUCUAUAAAUGUGGACUUUACAAUGACAUGUACAUCUGCACCGGUGCUCAGUACCGCAUGUACUGCAGUGCAAAUGCAUCUGAUAUUUAUUACACAACAGAUUAUCAAUUCUGCUGGAAUUCUGGCAGCUGGUGUGAUGGUGAUAAAUACACCUGUUCAUGCUACGGUCCCACUUCCCCUUCCUGCUCGUGUGAUAAUUACAGCAAUAACAUCACUAUCACAGCAGCAGUUCGUCCGGCCUAUGAGUGUCAGCUUUUUAAUGACAUGUUCAUCUGCACUAGUGCUCAGUAUCGCAUGCACUGCAACACAAGUACACACUAUUUUCAUGAUGCACAAUAUUACCACCAGUGCAGUAAUUAUAAUGGCUGUGACUGUCGUGGCAAUGGGAACACCUGUAGAUGUUAUGGUGCCAAUACGUCCUCUUCCUGCUUUUGCCAGAAUUAUGACAAUAACUCCAUUAUCACUGCUGCAGUUAGUCCAGUCUAUAAAUGUGGACUUUAUAACGACAUGUACAUCUGCACCGGUGAUCAGUACCGCAUGUACUGCAGUGCAAAUGCUCCAUAUUUUUCUUACACAAAAGAUUAUCAAUUCUGCUGGAACUCUGACAGCUGGUGCUAUGGUGAUAAAUACACCUGUGAAUGCAUCAGUCCCACUUCCAUGUGCUUCUGCACUACUGACAACAAUGAAGCCACAGAAUAUCCCAGUCUCCUUACAGCAGGCAUAAAUAUGACACUGCUGGAAGAAUGCAGGAGUCAGGUCUCAGGAAUAUGUGUGGAGACAAUUCUUGGCCAUAUAGAGAACAUUACAGAGCUCCCUUUGAACGAUGUAAAAACUCUCUUGGAUUUGGUCUUAAAAGCUUCAGAAAAUACUUUUAUCUCAUCAUCAACUGAUCCAAAUAAACUAGUGUCAGUAGGCAACAGUGUUUUAAAAAACUGCGAGAAUCUUGUCUCCAUGCUGGUGAAGCCAACAGAAACUAGUUACAAUGUCAGUUUUACUCUUGACAAUUUAGAGGUUCAAGUCUUCGUGGUUGGACCAAAUGUCAUCUUAAAUCAAAUCCCUCAGCUGGACACAACAAAUUCUUCUGUGGACAUUGAUCUUAUUGGAAUUGCCAAGAACAACCAUAAAACAAAAUCAGCUGCUGUGGCUUUUAUGAGCUACACCACAAUGGAGAAACUACUGAGACCUGACUUCUUCAACACACCAGAUGGCACAGUUAAAACCAUGAUGUCCACUGUGAUCUCAGCAACUCUUCCCAAAACUGACAACACAUAUCUCACCAAACCAGUCAACUUCACCCUGAAACACAUCAGAGAGUCUGACCCCAACGGUUCUCUAUUCUGUGUGUACUGGAAUAUCAGAGAGUGGAUUGUAGAUGGUUGUUCUGUUGUAAAGACCAACAGCAGCCACACUGUGUGUUCCUGUGAUCAUCUGUCAACAUUCGCUCUCAUGCAAACCAGCAGCCCACCAGAGGAUGAUGCACUGAUGGAAAUACUGAAUUUGGUGGUGGUGAUCGUGGGGCUGGUGUUCCUCAGUUUGGCCCUGUUGACUUUUGCUUUUUGUCGGUGGAGUCCUGGAGUGAACAAUGUGGCUCGAAUCAACAUCUGCUUGAGUCUGCUGUUGGCUCAUCUUCUGUUUUUAAUCACACAACAGUCCCUAAAAUACAUACGCCCUAACCAGGUGUUGUGUGCAUUGAUAUCGUGGAUUCUGCACUUCUUAUUUCUCUCCUCCUUUAUGUGGAUGCUCAUUGAAGCUAUGCUGCUUUUCAUCUGUGUGAAGAGCCUAUCACAGAUCUCCAAACAGAGGGAGGUGCUUAGCAGCGGAUUCAUGAUUGUGAUUGGAUAUGUGACUGCUCUGGUUGUGGUGGUCGUGUCUGUUGGGCUGGUUCCUGAAGGCUAUGUCAGUGAAAAAUGUUGGAUUAAAAGAGAAAAAGGAUUCAUCUGGAGUUUUCUGGGACCAGUUUGCGUCAUUCUAAUAUUAAACAUGAUUCUCUUCAUCAACAUCAUUGUCUGUCUGAACUCAACUCAGAAAAACCUGAACGCUGAAGUUUCACAGAUGAAACAAAUCAAGAUUAUGGUAUUUAAAACACUGGCCCAGUUUGUGGUUCUCGGUUGCCCCUGGAUUCUGGGUUUCUUCACUAAUAGCAGUAAAGCGCUGGAGAUUCUCUUCCUGAUCUUGAACUCCCAACAAGGAACCUUCAUCUUCCUGAUCCACUGUGUCCUCAAUAAUGAGAUCAGGCAGCAGUAUCUGCAGUGGUUGAGCACUAUUUUGCCUGGAAUUAAACCCCAAACCAUCCAAUACAAUGAAUAUACAAACUCUUAAAUGAGGUACGACUUUUCAAGAGAUCGGGUUGGAAGUGCCCAAAAUCCAAUGAAUACUUCAGUGUCCAUGUUUAGAGAAUGAGAAUGCUGUUAUUAUCAAAGUGAUUCAAUCAUUAUUGGCAUAUUACAGUACAUUUCAGUCUCAGUGAUUUUCUGUUAAAGUUAGCAAUUAACAUGUAAUACAAGUCUUAUUUUACUUUAAGUUUUUUUUUUUUCACUUUUAUUGUUAAAUCCUUUUUAUUAUUUCAUUGUUUUUGCUUAUUUUUGGUGGAGGGCCAUGAUGUUUAAGACCCUGUUGUUUUCGAUGUAUGCUUUUUCUUAAAUUGCUUCUAUUAUACAAGAAUAUUUAGUGUAAAAUAGACUUUAGAGUUGUGUUUCAGAUCAGGCAGCAGUAUAUGGAGUGGUUGAGCACUAUUAUCUCUGGAAUUGAACCAAAAACCAUCAAAAGUGACCGAAAUCCAUUGACAACAUCAGUGUCCAUGUUAAGAGAAUUAGAUGCACUAUAGAAGUGCCAUUAUUUAAAAAUGAUUUAAUCAUAACUGGCAUGUUACAUUUCAGUCUCAGUGAUUUUCUGUUAAUGUUAGCAAUUAACAUGUAAUACAAGUCUUAUUUUACAGUUGUCAAUAUAUUUUGAUGUAAAUCUACUUUAAAUGACACUUUUUGUUUUAUUCUUAAAUGUUUAUUAUUUCUUUGUUUUAGUUUUUUCUUGGUGGAGGGCUAUGAUGUUUAAGACCCUGUUGUAUUUGAUUUAUGCUUUUUCUUACAUUUCUUCUAUUAUACAUAAGAAUAUUUAGUGUGAAGUAUCAUUAGUGUGAAGAAUAUAAGUGUGACAUAUUAAUCAAUAAA